GUGACCCAAUUGUGGCUCGGGUUGUCAUUGAAUUUUUUUGCUACUCACACCGUGCAAUUCGAAGGGGAACACAGCCAGUUUCUCCUCUGUGCCCCCACCCCUCCUACCAAUCUAUGCCAGCCACAAUAUCUUUCUGGGAUAUUCUUAUCCUUCUUUUUUCAGUGUCCUUUCAUGGAUGAGCGAAUCCUCAGCCUGCACAGCAAAAUCAAGAGCCAGUUGCUGGAAUUUCCGGACCAACCAGACAUUGCUGACGAACUGAAGGAUCUUAUAACCCAGAUGCUGGAUAAAAAGCAAUCCAGGAUCACCAUCCCAGAAAUUAAGCUGCACCCGUGGGUCACCAAGAACGACACGGAACCACUGCCGACGGAAGAUGAAAAUUGCACGCUGAUCGAGGUGACCGAAGAAGUGGAGAAUUCGGUCAAGCACGUCCCCAGCUUAGCCACCGUGAUCCUGGUAAAAUCCAUGAUCAGGAAAAGAUCUUUUGGAAAUCCGUUUGAGGGGAGUAGAAGAGAAGAAAGAUUUCUGUCUGCACCGGACCGACAGACUUACUUGAUCAGAAAACAAAGCAGCGAAGAGGCCUUCCGCGCCACGAACAAUCUGCCAAAUGUGAGCGAAGAUGAACUGCUUUCUUGAAAGAAAAACCACAAAACACCCCCUUGCCCUUCCUGGAAAAGGGGCACCUGGUUAGCUCUCAGGCGUGGUCCCGCGAGGAGAGGACGUCCCGCUGACGGUUGAGCCGGCAUGCCUUCUUCCACCACGUUGGUUCCUUGUCCGAAACGCAGGACGUAAAGAGUUUGGGACAGCAUGCUGUACAGAUCCGAACCCAUCCCCUCGCCACCCAAAAGAUCUCUGCUGAUUGGAAACCAGGAUGUGGGAACCGAGGAGGAUUAUCACCCUUCAGGCUUACUGGCGGCCAUUCACCGCAGCUGGGGAGCAUCGUGCCGACAUUUUUUGGGGGGGGGGGGGAGGUGUGAAAGAAACUCACCAAAAAUAAAACCGAGUUUGGAAAGAAACCGACGUCUGCUCAGGCCAAAUCCUUUGCAAAAACCACGGUCCAACUUUUUAAAAUAAAAAAUGCUUGCUUUGGGGUGUUUUUUUUUAAUAAUUAUAUUAUUAUUGUUAUCCUUUUUAUUGCAUGGAAACCAAACCGACGUCACACUAAGGUGUUUGCAGAAGGCUUCGCUUUUUGUGAGCAGGCGAUUCCGUUUUAUUUUUAAGAGCGGAGCUAUUGUAUUUUUGGGAAAGAGUUUUUCCCUUCGUCCGAAAGCGAAAGACGGAAGGGGCCAAGACUCUGCGUUUGAAGACAGGUUGUUGCGGUUGUGUUGAAGCACAAAUGGCUCGUAUUUACGGAUCCUAAUUCUAAUACUUUCUGUCCGU